CGAACAGUUGUCAGUCAAGGAGAGAACCCGGCGUGUGAAGGCUGUGGGGACGGUGUGGAGGCAGCGGAGACACUUGUCGUUCAGGUGACGAGCAGUUUAACACGUGGAGGCCAGCACAGCACAAAACUGUCUCCACGUCCAGGCUAGUGCUGCUGCUGGAGUGAGGGCCUGAGGCUGAUGGUGUGCUCAGCACUGUCCAAACAGCCUCUGCCUCCAGUGCUCCCCGGUGCAUCUCUGACUCUAGGCCACAUCCGGAGCCUUCUGCAAGACCUGCCAGCACCUCGCAGCAGAAGCACUGGUGCUCUGGAGGCUACAUGGCCGGGCAGGAUCACCAGCAGCAAGCUGCCAAUGCUGUGAGGAUCAAGAGAACCACCACCACCUUGCUGCUGGCAUCUCGGCCACAAAGGAAAGGGAAAACUGAGUCAGUUGUGUGACCAAGAUUUAAGACUGAGAGCAAGUUCACCCGACACUGCCUUGCACACACUGGUGAAGGAAACCAUGAGUGCUAAGAGUGUGGGGAAAGACUCCCUGGGAAGGCUGACCUCAACAAAUACACCCACACCCUCUGGUGGAGGACCUCAUGAAUGCCAUCAGUGUGGCAAAGGUUUCAGUUACAAGAGUCACCUCAAUAUACACACCCUUUCACACACUGGUGAAAGACCUCAUGAAUGCCAUGAGUGUGGGAAAAGGUUCAUUACGAAGGGUCACCUCAACACACACACACUUACACACACUGGUGAAAGACCUCAUGAAUGCCAUGAAUGUGGCAAAAUGUUCCGUAAAAAGUUUAACCUCAACAUACACACCCUUUUACACACUGGUGAAAGACCUCAUGAAUGCCAUGAGUGUGGGAAAAGGUUCAUUACGAAGGGUCAACUCAACACACACACACUUUCACACACUGGUGAAAGACCUCAUGAAUGCCAUGAAUGUGGCAAAAAGUUCUGUAGAAAGGGUCACCUCAACAGACACACCCUUUCACACACUGGUGAAAGACCUCAUGAAUGCCAUGAAUGUGGCAAAAAGUUCCGUAGAAAGGGUCACCUCAACACACACACCCUUUCACACACUGGUGAAAGACCUCAUGAAUGCCAUGAGUGUGGCAAAAGGUUCCGUACGAUGAGGGACCUCUACAGACACACUCAUAUACACACUGGUGAAAAACCUCUGAAUGCCAUGACUGGCAAAAGAUUCAAUCAAGAGGAGGCCACCACAACAUUGUCUCCACAUCCACCCCAGCCACAUUUCUACCCAGUCUCUUCUACCUCCUCGGGCCAGACCCAUUUCUACUGGUCUCUUCUGGUCCAACCCACUUCUAUCAGUCUCCUCCAGCCCAGCCCACUCCUCGCCCCAGUCUCCUCCAGCCCAGCCCACUCCUCGCACCAGCCUCCUCUAGCCCAGCCCACUCCUCGCACCAGUCUCCUCCAGCUCAGCCCAUUCCUCGCACCAGUCUCCUCCAGCCCAGCCCAUUCCUCGCACCAGUCUUCUCCAGCCCAGCCCAUUCCUCGCACCAGUCUCCUCUAGCCCAGCCCACUCCUCGCACCAGUCUCCUCCAGCCCAGCCCAUUCCUCGCACCAGCCUCCUCUAGCCCAGCCCACUCCUCGCCCCAGUCUCCUCCAGCCCAGCCCACUCCUCACACCAGUCUCCUCUAGCCCAGCCAACACCUCGCACCAGUCUCCUCCAGCCCAGCCAACACCUCGCACCAGUCUCCUCCAGCCCAGCCAACUCCUCGCACCAGUCUCCUCCAGCCCAGCCCACUCCUCGCACCAGCCUGCUCUAGCCCAGCCCAAUCCUCGCACCAGUCUCCUCCAGCCUAGCCCACUCCUCGCAUCAGUCUCCUCUAGCCCAGCCCACUCCUCGCACCAGUCUCCUCCAGCCCAGCCCACUC